AUGUGGAAACGUGCCAACUCGGCGGGUGAUCCCGCAACUUUCGGAGCCAAGAGAGUCCCACUCCUCCCACCGCACACCAGCCCACACAGACAUGCACUGUCCAACAGUCAUCCUUCGCAGCCAGCCUCACAGGAACUGCUACGGAGGAGGCGAGUCCAAGUAAGCUUCCCGCGAGGUUGUGCAUAUUGGCACUAUCCUCUUGACCUACCGUUCACGGGCAGGCCUCUGGGACAGAAACAAGCAACUAGCAUAGCUUCCUCAACAGCCUUGCAAAACCGAGCUGUCAGUUUGUUUCCGCCCUGCGGAACCCGGAAAGCCGCGGCGUUGCAAUGCCAGAGUCCUGUUUCCCACAGCUUCCCCUCGCCACAUGCACCGGAAACCCGCCAGGCACUACUUCCAAGAUCCAAGUUGCUUCAAGACCAUGGACGCCAGGAGCUCACGUUGCAAUGA